AGUUACUCAGGCAGGUGACAGCUGAGCCAGCAGGCAGGCAGGCGGGACGGUGGCACGCCACGCUAAAAGAAAUAUCGGACGAAAGCCGAGCUGAAAAGGCAUCUCCAGUUAUUUAAACAUACUGCUUAAAGUUCAUAUUUAUUUAUAUGUGCGUUACGUGACAGCGUCGCUUCCUUUUGCCGCCGUGGAGCUAGCAGCGUCAGCACCUCGGAAACGUUAGCUCUUCUGACGUGACGACCGGGAGAGGAACCCCGCCGUUAGCUGUAUUUCUUUACCAGACGACGCUCCAUAACCGCCGCUGACAUGACGGACCCGGCCGGGGAGGCGAAGGUGGAGGUGAAACAGGCGAGCAAAGAGGUGAAGGAGAGCGAAAACGUGGCGGAGAAAUAUUCUGCCAUGACCGUCACCAAGAACAGUGAAGUGACCAUGGGAGAGCUGUCGAGCGUCUUCAGCGCCGUGCCCACUCACAAACCUGUCAAGAAGCAAAUCCAGUUUGUGGAGGACAAGCAGGAGUUCAGCAGGUUCCCCACCAAGGCAGGGCGUCGCUCGCUGUCCCGCUCCAUCUCUCAGUCGUCAACAGACAGCUACAGCUCUGCUGCAUCUUAUACAGACAGCUCUGAUGAUGAGACCUCGCCACGGGACAAAACGCAGGUCAACAGCAAGGGAAGCACCGACUUCUGUGUGAAAAACAUCAAGCAGGCUGAAUUCGGCAGACGUGAGAUUGAGAUCGCACAACAAGAUAUGUCGGCGCUGAUCUCGCUCAGGAAGAGAGCGCAGAGUGAGAAACCGCUGGCCGGUGCCAAGAUUGUGGGCUGCACUCACAUCACAGCACAGACUGCAGUAUUGAUUGAGACUUUGGUGGCACUCGGGGCUCAGUGCCGAUGGACUGCUUGUAACAUCUACUCCACGCAGAACGAAGUAGCCGCAGCGCUGUCAGAAACAGGUGUGGCUGUGUUUGCCUGGAAGGGGGAGUCCGAGGAUGAUUUCUGGUGGUGCAUUGACCGCUGUGUCAACACUGAGGGCUGGCAGCCCAACAUGAUUCUUGAUGAUGGUGGAGAUCUGACUCACUGGAUGUACAAGAAAUACCCAAAUGUAUUCAAGAAGAUCCGAGGCAUUGUAGAGGAGAGCGUCACUGGUGUCCACAGGUUGUAUCAACUGUCUAAAGCUGGAAAACUGUGUGUACCUGCGAUGAACGUGAACGACUCGGUAACAAAGCAGAAGUUUGACAACCUGUACUGCUGCAGAGAAUCCAUCCUGGAUGGCUUGAAGAGAACCACAGACGUCAUGUUCGGAGGCAAACAGGUGGUCGUAUGUGGGUACGGUGAGGUUGGAAAAGGUUGCUCUGCUGCUCUGAAAGCUUUAGGAGCCAUCGUCUACGUGACGGAGAUCGAUCCAAUCUGUGCCCUGCAGGCCUGCAUGGACGGAUUCCGGGUGGUCAAACUCAAUGAGGUCAUUCGCCUGGUGGAUGUUAUCAUCACAUGCACCGGGAACAAGAAUGUGGUGACCCGGGACCAGCUGGACCGGAUGAAAAAUGGCUCUAUUGUCUGCAAUAUGGGACACUCCAACACUGAGAUUGAUGUGGCGAGUCUGCGGACCCCCGAGCUGACGUGGGAGAGGGUGCGCUCUCAGGUGGAUCAUGUCAUCUGGCCAGAUGGAAAGAGAGUCAUCCUCCUUGCAGAGGGACGUCUCCUCAACCUCAGCUGCUCCACCGUCCCUACGUUUGUCUUGUCCAUCACGGCCACCACUCAGGCCCUGGCUCUGAUAGAGUUGUACAAUGCUCCCGAGGGACGCUACAAGCAGGAUGUUUACUUGCUUCCCAAAAAGAUGGAUGAAUAUGUCGCCAGUCUGCAUUUGGCAACUUUUGACGCCCACCUAACCGAGCUUUCUGAUGAGCAGGCAAAAUACCUGGGUCUCAAUAAGAACGGCCCUUUUAAACCCAACUACUACAGGUAUUAGUCGGUGAUGCUCUGAAUCGGUAAAAACGAGUGAGCGGGCAGAUCCUGAUAGGACCCGUCCUUCCUUCUGAAGAAAUAUUCAUAUACAUCAUAUUUUAUAUCCUGCACAAGAUGCACAGUUGUUAUUUAGGUAUAUUUUUGUGGCAACAACAGGUUUUGCUCUUUUUGCCGUUUCCUUCGUGUGAUACACGCGACACCCGGCUGGCUGUAAGGAAUUACUGUAAUAACUGCUCCCACCAGUCUGACAAGACUCUUCUUGCUCUGUAGUUCUAACCUGCUUUGUUAGCUACUGAAUAUUAUAUUGAUACAUUGAACCAAAUGACUGUGAAAGGAGAGGCUUAUGGUUAUUUUUAAGAGUGAACAGGUGGAUGUGGUAUCAGUCAAACCCCUAUGAAGAUAAAUCUAAUAUUUUAUUGUAUGUGUGUAUGUAAUGUGAAAAGGUCACUUCAAAAUGCCAGACUUAUCAAACGUCCGCGACACAUUCUGCCUAUUCCAGACUGGUGAGUCAAGUCAAGGUCCAGAUGUUUUCUCGUUGACCAAACUUGCCAGUUUGUGGGUAGCUGGGAAUGGGGACUCAGUUAGAAAUUUCUGCAAAUCUGCUGGAUUUUAAGUGAAUGUUUCCUCACAGAUGAGCCAUAACUACUUGAUAAGCCUACUGUAAAUCGAAGCUGUGUUCCCGUCGAGGGUAACGGCGCGUUUCUACUGUCCAGUCUUCAAAAGACGCUGCUGCUUUUCCUUCUGCUUUUCACUUUGUACAUUCCAUCCACCGAACGUCCUGACCUCUGCACUAUCAUCACUGUUACGGCUAAUCUGCAGCGGAUGUGGGAAUAACAACAGACUCCAUAACAGAGUUAGCUUGGCUUUAGUUUUCUUGAGAAAUAGCGUCCAAACCUGAGGGUUUUGUGUCUGUAAGGAUAGUUUCUGCACCUCAGGGCAUGCAAUAGCUUUCACCAUUUGUAAAUAAGUUUUUUAACGGAUCAACCCUGUCUGAAUUUACCCGUGUCGAAUAUCCCUGCCAUUCUUUAAAUGUAAAAUCCUACUUUAAAUCAGUUAGUAUAUUAAGAGAUUUUGUUACUCUAUAGUUUGAGUAAUUUAGGUAAAUCCAGUGUGAACUGACAUUUUCCUCUUUACAUCAUGUUCCAUACAGUAUGUCUCUGCUGUACAUUGAGCAGGCUCUGAUGAGUCUGUGAUUAUAUUUGAUAUUCGCAUGACUCCGAUUUCAUUUUAACAAGAGGAUAUCUGUUUUUCGAUGCAUUGAUAAGAAGUUAAAGACAAAUUUAAGUUUUGAAAUACUCUGGUAAAUUAACGCUUUGUUCAAUGAAGUACUUGUUAACUUUACUUUCUGUCGUCUUGUGGUAUUAUGACACUUAUAAUGACAAUGUUUUUGUUUGAAAGGCUUCACCGCGUUAUGUGACGCUUGCAAAAUGCAUAAUUUCAUAUUUUAAUUCUCUAUAUACCUGUCAGAGUUUUAAAUGCUUUAGUUGAGUGAUCUGUUUUUAAUUCACACCCCACACUGUGCACAUAGAUGUGUUUUGCUGGAUUCCAAGCUCUUCAACACAUGCUGCACUGAAUGCUGCUGUUUUUCGAAUGGCUGUCCUGACAUCCGACAGAAAUGCUGUCUUUUUAAAAGUUUCAUGUUUGUAGUUACAGUGUGAUACGCCACACACGUUCGGCCCAGAACCCUGUCGUCACACACUUUAAUAACGUUAUCUAGUCACAAAUGCUGUGUGUCAUUUCUGCAAAGAUUCUGAAUGAACAAGCUAAUUUUUGUCUGUUUAUUGAAUAUUAGUGCAUGUUACUGCAAAAUGCUUUAAUUCUUGCACUAACUGCUUUAUCGGCAUUUCAGACAAGGGCACGCAUCAAGGGCACUAUCGUCGGCAACAGGAGCGCUGUAACCAUGGUUACCAUUCAGUUUACAGUGCCUUGUUAUAGCUCAGUAACUCACUUAUGAAUUUAUAUUCACAAAUACAUGUUUUUCUCCCAAGUGUGUCAGUGAACAACAUGGUUGUAAUUCUGUAGUACACAGUUAUAGCUAUGCACCAAAUUAUCCUCAUUGUUUUUGCUCUGACAAAGUUAUUAAAUUCAUAUUUUGCUAUACGCAGAGGAUGUAAAAAAUUAUAACAAAAUGUUCUAAACCGUAGUAUCCAAUAUUUUGAUUCUAUAAUCUGGAGGUACAUUUUUUGGGGACUGAUUUGAAUUGUAUUUUUCUUCAGAGUUUUAUUCCUUUUAACAGCUAUAAAUUGAAGAGUUAUUUUAGCACAUGAAUAACAGGCUCCUGUCGUAUUCUAACUAAUAGAAAUGAGCUUUGUCAUAAACAAGGUUUGACUCUGUUCCAAAGCGUUAUUGGAACAAGUGAAUUGACUCUGGUCAGAUUGAAGUUAAAAACAUGCCACUGUGAUUACAGUUGCAUUUGAAUACUAGACUCUGUAGAAGAGCAUGUGUAUUACAACCCAGGCUUAUAUUUUCAGCACUGAAAGUGUUUAGUUUGAAGCUCUGUAUACACUCUUAAAAUUCUGUGCUUUAUUCCCUUUAAUAAACUACUGACUAAAUU